AUGAAAAACAGCAAAUCUUCAACCUUUAAAGUAGACACUAACAUUACUUCUGAAGGUUGUCAAUCACCAUCACCUUCAACUCCAAUGUCGCCUCUCAACUCAAGUAAAAAGUCAACGACAUCGUCUCCUUCUUCAAAAGAAAAUCUUUCCGCUCAAUUUAGAUUACCAACUCCACCCCCUUUACCUAAACAUUUAGAUCCAAAGGAAUAUCCUCUUGCUGAUACUCCAACUCCUCCUGCUUUGAAACGUUUUUGUUUUGAUUUAAAUGGUCAACCAGCUUAUAUUCGUGAGGAUGAAGAUUCCGAACAACAAAUUGUUAAGCUUCAAGAAGCCCUAUAUAAUAUGCGAGCCUCUGGUCCAACCACUUCAACAUCAAAAACAGUUCAAACUAGUUCCAAUUUAAAACAUCAAUCGCUUAAUGAUAAUUAUUCGGAAUUGAAAACUACAGGUACUAGUGCUCGUAAAAGACCCGCAUCACCUGUGGAACCUUCAUCAUCAUGCGAUUUCACAACUUCUACUGUCGACCAGCAACAGUCAAAUAGUAGCAGCGGUUCGCUUUCUCAUAGGUCUUUAUCUCCACCACAUAAGAAGGUUCGUGCAAAGGCUGUCGGAAAUUUACCAGAACAAGAAAGCGAGCUGGUCUCACAAAAGCAAUUGAUGGAUUAUGAACUUCGUACCCCAAAUUCUAAUCAAGUAAAUAUACUGAGAACUCCCAUGAGCAACGUUCAGGAAGCUUCAUCAUCGAUCAUGCCGAUGGCUCUUCAAUCAACUCCUUCUACCAUUACUUCAAGACAUUAUAAUACUAUUUCCACAUCGAACCUCGGCAUGGAUACUCCUUCGACUACAAGAAGUACCCAUUCUUCGGCUUUACCAUCGCCAUCCCUUUCUCCUAUUGCAGGAGUUGCUCCUUCAAAUGGGACAAACCAAUUUGAUAAUUUCUUUGCUGAUCACAAUGAUGUAGAUGAUGACAUAACCGUUGAUGAACCUAUUGCUUCAAUGAACCAUAAUGAUAGUUGGAAUAUACAACAAUUAAACAAUUUAGCGACUGAUUCAGCUCACACUCCUAACCUUUGGGAUUUGAAUACCAUGUUGGCGACAUUCGAUGCCUUACCAUCGUCAAUGAAAUCUUACAUGCUUUUUCAACUUCUAAGACGUUGUCCUACAAACACCCUUCAAUACGUCAGCAAUAUUAUCCUACCCGCAUUAAGAAAGGAUUUUGUUGGGAUGCUUCCUCUCGAACUUAGUUUACACAUAGUAAAGUAUUUAGAUACCGCUAGUAUGUGUAAAGCGGCUCAAGUAAAUAAAAGGUGGAGAAAUGUAAUAGAUGGAGAUAGUUUAACAUGGCAACAUCGUCUUAUGAAGGAUGGUUUUGGUGUUGAUGAAUCGGAAGAACAACGUGCCAUUUCCGAAAAUUGGGGACUUUUACGUUCAAUAAAUUGUUCACAUAAUAGAAGCAGGCAUCUAGAUGGUGCCAAUAACAAUAACGAAAGUGGUACGUCGUCUUCUGAAGAAAGAACUGUUGUAGAAGCUGAUGAUGAUGAUACGGAUAAUAUGAGGGUUGUUAACGAAGAUAAAAUAGAAGAUUCUUCGAGGUUAACACCAUAUAAUCAAAAUGACAAUAAUAAUAUGGCUGUCGAUGAUUUGGAUUAUAUAAUAAUUGAAAAAAGUAAUGAAUUGGAAAUAGAUAAUAUUGAUCAUGAUAUUUUACAAGAUUCAUACACGCUCUCACCAACAGGUACUGAUGAACCUUCUUCUUCAACAGGUGCCAGCUCUUCAUUGUUUGAUAAAGACUACUCUUCAUCACAACAAGAUAAAGGAAAGGCCAAGGCUGAUGUGGAUUGGAAUAGUUAUAUAGUGGAUGAACCAGAACCUCAUCAAGAUGAUGAUCGAGACCGACCUUAUGAUGGUGACGAUAGCGAUGUUGAUGCAAUGUCUCAAGAAAGUAGUGACCGAGCUGAACUUUCUGAAGAUAGGCUCCCGCUAUCACCCUCGGCCGAUCAUCCUUAUAAAGCUAUCUAUCGUCGUCAUUACCUUAUGCGACAAAAUUGGCUACAUGGACGGCAUAAACAUAUUUCAUUUCCCGGUCAUGGAAAUAAUGUUGUUACAUGUCUACAGUUUGAUUCUGAGAAGAUUAUCUCAGGAUCUGAUGAUCAGUGCAUCAAUGUUUAUGACACUGCUACUGGUAGAUUGAUUAAUCGACUCGUUGGUCAUGAUGGAGGCGUAUGGGCAUUACAAUAUGUAAAUAAUACGUUGGUAUCAGGUUCUACGGAUCGUACUGUGCGCGUAUGGAAUCUUGAAACUGGUGUAUGUACUCAUGUAUUUCCAGGACAUACCAGUACGGUUCGUUGCCUUCAAAUCAUAAUGCCGCAAAAUGUUAAUACUAAUCCCAAUGAACCACAAAUUGUUGAACCACAAAUUCCGCUGAUUGUUACCGGCUCGAGAGAUUCGACUUUGAAAGUAUGGCGUCUUCCGAACCUUGAAACGGAUCAACCAUUUCACCCUGCCAUCCCUUCGUCACCUUCUGAUAAUACACAGUAUGAUAAUAAUCCCUAUUAUAUCCGUACGCUUUCCGGACAUUCCCAUUCUGUCCGUGCUUUAGCGGGUGUCGGCAACACUUUAGUUAGUGGUAGUUAUGAUUGUUCUGUCAGAGUAUGGAACAUUAUGAGCGGUGAAUGUAUUUGGCGAUUACAUGGGCAUACUCAGAAAGUGUAUUCCGUUGUACUGGAUGCUAAACGCAAAAGAUGUAUGAGUGGUAGUAUGGAUGGUACCGUAAAGGUUUGGAAUUUAGAGGAUGGAACAAAUAUCUGGACAUUGGAAGGACAUUCUUCUCUUGUCGGUCUUCUUGAUCUCUCACAUGAACAUCUUGUCUCAGCAGCUGCUGAUUCAAGUCUUCGUAUUUGGAAUCCGGAUGAUGGUACGUGCAAACACGUUCUGACUACACAUUCUGGCGCAAUAACGUGCUUCCAGCAUGACGAGAGUAAAGUCAUUUCGGGCUCAGAUGGUACCCUUCGCAUGUGGGAUGUAAAGACUGGACGCCACGUGCGUGAUUUAUUGACCGGUUUAAGCGGUGUUUGGCAAGUUAGAUUUGAUGAACGCAGAUGUGUGGCCGCAGUUCAAAGAAAUUCAGUGACUUGGUUCGAAGUUUUAGAUUUUGGUAUAUAUGGAAUUGAUGAAGAAGAUGGUUCACAUGAGAACAAUUGUUUAGAUGAAAAUGGCAAUUGGGUUGACAGAAGAAUAAUCGUAGGAUAUAAUGGUAGUAGUGAGGAAUAA